UCUAGAUCUGAAUGAAAGUAAAUUAGCGUGAACAUACAAUUUCAGUCAGUUGCAACCUUGUUGUCUGUGAGAGAACGCGAUAAAGGAAUUGUAGGUAUUUUAUUCAGGAUGUUGAAAUUAUCGAUUGCUGUUUUUUUCUGCACGAUUGCCUACAGUCAAGCUUACUCAGGUGGUGCGCCUGUAGACACCUGCGAUGAUAUGACACCCAAGCAUCCUUUUGAACCAAAAUCUUCCGCUUUUCCUUAUAAGAUAUCACUUAGCAAGAAAGAAGUCAAAGCUGGUGAGACUGUAGAUAUUGUUAUCGGAGGCAAAGAGUUCAAAGGGUUCCUACUUCAAGUUAGAAAUGGCGAUAAAGCUGUGGGUCAAUUCCAAAUUACUGGUAGCGAUAAAUUCGCCAAAGCUAUUGACUGCCACGGCACAAGCCAGAGUGCAGCAACUCAUAAGAACGCAGAGGCCAAAAACAAUUUCAAGUUAUCUUGGAAAGCUCCCAAAGCCGCAGGAAAAUAUACCAUUUACGCAACAGUGGCUGAAAAUGGUGCUUCAUUCUGGGCGAGAAAACCAACUGAAAUUAUAACUGUAUUUUGAAGUAUAUAUUGAAAAUUCCUGUAAUAGUUGUAAAUUAUUAGGGAUGGAUGUUAGGAGUUAAGAAUGUAAAUACUGAGGAAUCCCAAAGAAAACUAAAAAAUAUAAAAUAAAUUGUUUAUAUUUCA